AUGAAGUGGCGGCAACCCGCUCACCACCUUGAUCUCAGUACGAGUGAUCAAGCCAUGAUGGAGGAGGUACUGGAGCUUCUGGCCGCAGAUAGCCCGAAUAGAGACGAGGCGACACCUGCAAGUGUAUCAACGACAGCUAGCAUCACAACAGACAGCAAAUUCGGGUCCUCUGUCUUUGGGCACCGUCGUAAUUCCGUAACUAGCCACACUUUUGAUGAAAUUGACGAGGUUGGUGAUAUGCAAAGCAGUUGUGAUACGAGGAGUAGUGGAGAGAAGGGAGAUUUCACCGGGAAUACACACGUUUUUGACGAGGAGAAAAUUCCGACCCAGACCUCAGUCGAACAGGUUCAGGAAACAGAUGAUCUUAUCUCCCGGAAUUCAAUGCACAUUCCUUCAAUGUCAAGUGUUCGCGUAUCUGGAGUUCCUCGGCUACCCGCACAGAGCAUGCUACCACCACCCUAUCAUCGAUCAUCAUGGUCUCUACAGCUAACUAACGCACAGAUGUUCCAACUUUUUGGCGAGGAUCUCGAAUCAAUCACGUCCACAAUAUCUGCAAAUGUUAUGGCUAGAUCGCCUUCAUCGCCGUAUAAGAAAAAAUCAAAGGUCUCGCCUUCAAGUGGAAAAUCAAAAGUCUCACCAACAGGCGAACGUGUUCAUGUCAUGAACUCUGCUGAGUUUGAUGAUUUACGUCGUAAAUUGCGAAUGCAGACGGCAUCACGCCGCUAUCGAAAGAGAAAAAAGGAAGAGGCACGACAGGAAAAGGCUCAGGUUCUUGAGUUACAAGCCGAGUUGACCCGCUUGGAGGAUAUAAAAUUGCAGACACAACAGUACCAGCAACGGUCGAUUGAGUCUUUAAAAAAAGAGCUAGAAAUGCAUGAAAAGGAAGUGACUGAUCUAACAGAAAAGGUUCGAGAAGCGGUGAAGGAGGAACAAGAAUGGAUUGAUGCAAUGAAUAGCAGUCUCCGUGCUCACCAUCGCUUGACAAGAUAG